UUUUCUUCCAGACAAUUUCCGAUGUCAGUGAGCUUGCGCGGUCCAUUUUCAACGGGUCAUUUGUGACCGCGUCAAGAGCCACAAGGCUCAGUGAACAUCGCCGUAAGCUCGAAACACUAGCUGAGAUGAUAUGCGUGGACACGGAAAACACGUGGAAGGACACGAAUCAUCACAAGAACGGGUAAGCACUCGUUCAUUCCAUUUCUUUAUGUCUAUACAAGUCCUGUUCAACGUGCAGUAAUGGCUGCGCACAUCAAGCCACGAAGAAGCGCUGGUCCAAGCCUGCGCUCCUAGCCCCAUGCAUUUGCUGGGCACUUCAAUCCACUGAUCGAGCCAAUGAUCAGGAGGGAGUUGUGUAUACAUCUUUGUAUUAGCACAAAGAGAGUUAAAGAGAGGAAGUAUGGAGGCAGGAAGCUCAAGCGACGCCUGGAAUCUCUCCACGCGUGCGCCUUGCAAGCGCGUGCGCUAGGCACAUCCGCAGCUGCGAAUUUCUUCCCCAUGCCCAAUCAGCACAACGAGGCCAAUGUGAAGUCACCAGGCAUACCUCGUCACAUCUGCAGCGGGGCGAACGAGAGAGCAAAAAAGCUGACGGUGCCGCAGUGCGCAGAGCCUCCUGGAGGGGAGGCUGACGGGCGCAGGUCGAAGCAGGAAGGAGGAGCGAGAGAGAAAGGGGGACAAAAGGAGGGAGGACCGGGAAGGCAGAGGAGGGGAAAGGAGGGGGCGACAACCAUGAAGAAAGACUGAAAUGAAGAAAACUGGGCCGCGCUGGGGCGAGAUUGUCAUUCAGAACGACUGCGCCGAUCCCAAAACGCGGCCCACGCUGCUGCAGCAACAACGUUUUGAAGCACCGAAAACAACCAUACUGCAUACUAAGUAAGCAUGGGAAAUGCAAGUGUUACACUCUGCGCGCAAAAAGCAACAUGCGGAGAAGGCAGGAAACUCCAAGGCAAUCUUCGAGGUCGAGGGAGAAGGGAGAUGCCCCGCUAAGCGCGCGGACCCUGGUACAACGCGACGGGGGCGGAGCUGCUGCCAGCGGGGGCCAAGCAACCUGGAGCGUGUACCCCGAAUUCGGUUGGUAGAAAUGCUAAACGGGACGUCGGUUCGAAAAGCAGCGCGGAUCCGGGAUGCCCCGCUAGGCGCGCGGAGCCUGGUACAACGUGACGGGGGCGGGGCUGUUGCCAGGGCGGGCUGGGCAACCUGGGGUUUGUACCUCCAACAAAUCUGUUAAAGGCUACACGGGAUGGCGGAUCGAACAACAGCGUGGAUCGGAACUGCCCCGUUCGGCACGCGGAGCCUGGUACAGCAUGACGGGGGCGGAGCUGUUGCCAGCGGGGGCUAGGCAGCCUGGGGAUGCUCCGCUAGGCGCGCGCGGGGCCUAACACAACGUGACGGGGGCGGACCUGUUGCCAGCACGGGCUGGGCAACCUGGG